AUGUCUUCUGGAGACGCAACGCCACGACUACCGCUGUCAAAAUGCAAGAAAAUUGCUUCAAUGGAUGCCGAGAACGUACCCAUGUCGCAAGCGGCUCGCGCUGCAACUGCGUUCGCGACUGAGCUGUUCGUGCAGACGUUUACAGAGCAAGCCCUGGCACGUGCACAACUUACACGUCAAAGUAAGACGCGUGCCCGUGUACAGUACGACGAUUUGGCGCAUUGCGUUGCAACGAACGAGAAAUUUGCAUUUCUCGGCGAUGUGGUACCUGAGACCAAGUCGCUAAGGACGCUCGUAAGAGACAACAGGGUACGUUACUCAGCUGCGACCCGCGGCCAGACGACGUUACCGUUCCGCAACAAAGACGAUCCAGCUGCAGAAGCAGAAGAGCUCGAAGAGAAUACUGAAGGCCGCGAUUCUGCGUGA